GUGGAAAUAAUUCAGAAUAAUGGAUACGAUGUCGAAGUUCAUCAUGUCACCACAGAAGACGGUUACAUCCUGGAGUUACACCGAAUCCCCAGGAGCAAGAGCGGUCAGGAGCCCACUAGAAACCAUCCAGUAUUCAUCCAUCAUGGGAUUCUUGGAAGCUCAGCUGAUUGGGUACUCGGUGGAGCCAAUAUGUCUCUACCUAUGCAGUUAGCCGAUGAUGGGUACGAUGUAUGGUUGGCGAACUGUCGUGGUAACACUUAUAGUCGAAAACACGUGUCACUGACCUGGAAACAAAAAAAUUUUUGGAACUUUAGCUUAAAUGAAAUCGGAAUCUACGAUUUGCCCGCUUCAUUCGACUAUAUUCUAAUAAAUAACAAUGUCUCGCAACUCCAUUACAUAGGAUAUUCCAUGGGUACUUGUGUGUUUUUUAUUAUGGCCUCGGAAAGGCCUGAAUAUCAGCCCAAGAUUCGAUCACAAAUCAGUUUAGCACCCGUGGCUUAUUUAUCAAACACAAGAUCUGCACUAAGAUACAUCGCUCCUUAUGCAAGAAUAAUAAACAUGAUGUAUCAAAAGAUGGCGGGUGGAAUGAUUAUGCCGCAAUCAAGAUUACAAACGUUUUUAGCUUCAACUAUUUGUAGAGAAAAAAUGACCCAGAAACUGAUAUGCGAAAAGUGCAUUAUAUUUUCUGUGUGUGGCAGCGACCCUUAUGACUUCGAUUCUAAAUUAAUUCCAUACAUCAUGGGACAUUUUCCAGCAGGUACUUCAGCUAAGCUCGCUUCUCAUUUCGCACAGUUCAUAUUGAAAGAGUCUUUUGGCCAGUUCGAUUAUGGUCCCGUUUUGAAUCUUCGCUAUUACAACUCUACGGAACCUCCCACGUAUGAUUUGAAGUCGAUAAACGUGCCAAUCACGUUAAUAUAUGGUGAAAAUGAUUUAUUAGCUGAUCCGGAGGACGUGAUGAGGCUAAAAGUACAACUCCCCAAAUUGAUGGACGCCUUCCCGGUGAAAACUCCUUAUUGCAAUCAUGUGGAUUUCUUGUGGAGUCUAAAAGUAAAAGAGCAAGUGAACGAUCCGAUCCGAGGUAUACUGCAGAAGACCGACGAUAUGAACUGGCGGUACUCCGGGCCGGAUCCGUCGAUCGUCGGGAAUGAGAUCAGUGACGGCGACCGCAAAGGGACGUACAACAUCGUGCCACGGCCACUGCCGAACCGGUACAACGAACUGGACUUCGCAUUGGCCAUGGACUACUUCCUGAAGAACCUGGAUUCGAUAAUCGCGAGCACAAUGCCGCAGACCGUGAACGAUAACGACACGGCGGACUUCGAUCGCGUGAGCGAACAGCAAAAGAUCCUGUUUGGCAACGUGAUCAGGUCACUGAAGGUGGCCGAAAAGAAGUACGGCCAACUGCGGGACGGCGUGGCCUACGAAAUCGAAGACUGGACGGGCAGCAUGGCCAUCGGCGUUUCGGACGCACGAAAGACGAUGGAAAAGCACGUGAGCCAAACGGCUACGCUGGUUAACGGCAAGAUUGCGAUCGCUGGCAAAUCCGUGGCCAACGGUAUCGUCAUGACGGAAAAGAAGAUCGUGGACGGGGUGAUGAAGGCUGAGAAGUCCGUCGUCGGUGGCAUCAUUAAGGCCGAACAGUCCGUGGUUGACGGCAUCUCUAAGGCCGAACACUACGUCAACUUCGGUCUGAGAAAAGCUGACCAGGUUGUAGGCAAUACUCUGAACACUACGUUGACUAGACUGAACCGGGCAUUUUGGUUCAUGAAGAAGGGUUAAACAUAGCGUUUGCGGUUUUGUCGUGGAAGUCCAUGAUCGACAUCGAAACGAAAAUCGAAUUUGAUGGAAUGCAAUAUUUUAUACUCUCGAAUUAUUAAUAUUUAUACACAGAUUUAUUUUUUUUUUAUUUUUGUACAAUUGUAGGACAAGUGUUGUAACAACGUAUAAAAUGCGUAUAGCCACAACAUUUAUAGUAUGUGAAAUAAAUUUAUUUUUCUUUUGGAUUAAGAUUUAACACUAAAAUUAAACACUAACAAAGACAUUGUUUACCAGAAAAUAUUAAAAAUUAUUAACAUCACUG